AUUAAAGCUUCCUGUAACACAUCUCUUAGUCUCAUAUGUAUCUUUAAGCUGUUAAUUUUGACUAAUGGAAUGGGAAUCUUGGAUCAAUACUAUAAAAUAUGUAGAAGUAAGAUUGUAAAAAAUAAUAGCUCUUACUGCUGAACGUAAUCAUUUAAGAAUCUAUAGUUAUUAAUCACAUACUAUGACGACCAUACGGCUUCUUCACCGGCAUAGAAAUUUAAUUCUUUGAAAAAAAUAUGCAUUUCCUGCUGAAAACUUUUUACUAUUCAAUUUUCCGGCUUUCGCAAAUUCUUCGUGCUCUUCGCUUCUGAAUUGCUGUCUUACACCAAAGCACCCUUCGAUGUCUCUAUGGGUAAACCGGGAAAAAACACGGUUUAUAAUUCUGUAAACCGAUUGCCAAAUCCAUAUGAAAAGCUCCCAAUUAAUUUGAUUUAUGAUUUUGCUCUGCCUUUACCAGAACCUCUGCCUGACUCUGAUUUACUCCAUAGUAUUCAGGAUUUUUCUGCUGAAUAUAUGAUGGCGACAGGGAAGGAAUCCCUCGAAUCAAUGGAUGAAACGGCACUUUUAGGACUUGGUUUUCUGUUUACUGAAUGGAUGAACGGUAUGGUGUCUGAAUGUCUUGAAGAAUUCGAAGAAAAAUAGAAUUUGGAGAAGCUCCUCAAGGCUUUAGACACUUGUAUUACGCUUAGUGAAUUGUGAUUUUGAGAGAACCAUCAAAUGUAUUGGAUUUGGCAACUGAUGGCUCUAAAACAACAAACGGUAAGCUAUUCAAAACUUCAUGUUGCAUUGGAUAUGCUUACCAUUUAGUUAUGUCCAUUUGCCAAGAUCAGUAUUCCUUUCGAUUUUAAACCAUAAUAUUAAUAAACUAGCUUGAACAUUUUCAAGAGACAUUAUUACUAUUUACUUGGAAUUUACUAUUCACUGCUUAUUGUUCUCGUUUCUAAAUAAAAGCGCAUUAAUAAAAAAUAUCAGGGGGUUUUAAAGGCCAAAAAUGUGUUAGAUUAAAUAUAUUAUUAUCGAAAAAAAAAACUAUAAACAUGAA